AUGGUUGAGCUUGGUACUGCACGGGUCAACAAGGAGAGUUCUAACGUCAAGGAACUAAAAGAACAGAUUGCCAGUCUUAAGGCAGCCUUAGCAAGGAAGGAAGAAGAGCAAGGGCGCCGCCCAACUUCCCGAUCAAGUACUCCAGAAAGAGUCAGAACAGGAUCAUGCGGAUCUUCUCUUUCUUCUAGUUGUAAGAGUAUGAUGGUACCAUCAACUGAAUACUUACAUACGGUUAACGAUGGUGGGAGGCAUUUCACAGUCUGCCUGUUAGAGAAAAAAUGUGUUUGUGGGAGGUUCCAAGUUGAUGAAUUGUCAUGCCCACAUGCUUGGAUUGUAUUGAAAAGCAAGUUUCUAAUGCGAGAAGAAUAUUUCUCUAACUAUUACAAACCAAAUACAAUUGUAAUGACAUACGAUGUGCCAAUGUACCCGCUAUCAGACAGAAAUGACUGGAAUAUACCAGAACAUGUUGCAGAAGAGGUUGUACUACCAUACAAAUGGAAAAUACCUCCUGGAAGGCCAAAGAAGAAGCGCGAUAAAACUCUAAGUGAAUUGUUGCAGCCGAAAAAUCAACAUUCAUGUAGCAUAUGUGGGCAGGGACCAUAUAACAAGCGAACGUGUAAAAAUGCUCCACGUAAUAAAUAG